CUCAUACAACAGCUGAUGAGUUUGGACUCCUGUUAAGGCAAGAUUGAAGAGAUAAGAUUCGGGCUUCAUAUUCCUUACAAGAGUGAAUACCACAGCCAUGGAGAACUUGGAACGUAAUAAUAUUAAAGGUUUCACUGUGGGGCAAGAUAAUCAAAUGGAUAAACUAAAGCGGGAGUUGCAUAUAGCUGCGAUGCGGAUCCAAGAGCUUACUCAGUGUCCUGUGUGUUUAGGGACACUAGACUCGUUCCACGUGAUGUGCAAGAAUGGUCACGCUACGUGCAGCUCGUGCAAAAAGAAGCUUCGACAGACAGAAUGCCCUUUGUGUAGGAGUAAAUUCGUUGUUUCUAUGAACUCAACACUAAACCAGGUGAUGGAGUGCGUUCCAAAACCCUGUGCAUUUGCAGAUAAGGGAUGUACCGCCAUCAUCAUGAUAUCCAAGGACCAUGAAAAUAUCUGUGAAUUCAGAUCAAUAAGUUGCAGAAUAAAUCCCUGCUCUUGGAAAGGAUCUUUGCAAGAAUUAGUUGAUCAUGUCCAAUCGAAACAUAUUUCUGGUUACAUCGAGAUUCCUGAGAACACAUGUGAAUCCGACUGUACCUUGAGGAUUCUGAACACACUUAUACCCUUCAGCUACGGACAGUAUUCCCUGUGCAGUUUCAGAGGCAACCUUUUUUGGAAAUAUGCCUUCAGAAACAAUGCGACCAAAGAAAUAGCUCACAAGUUCUACUAUAUAUUGACAGGAAAACCGAUACCGAAGUACUAUUUUGUUGUGACUUUUAAAAAUGGAUUUCUUGAGUUUACAACGACCUGCAAGGGUUCCACUGAUCCGCCAGAUGAGGGACUUGGAGUCGGUUUAAACAACAGUGGUUUUUAUAUUCCGGACUCUGAACUGUACAGGUUUUUGUGCCCUAAUACGUCUGACCAUUAUGGAUACAAAUUAAGAAUUGUAGAUGUGGGUCUUGAUGAUGAAGAAAUCGAAAACCUAAAACCAAUGAAAAAGAAACGCCUGAUGUCUGUUGGUACGAUUAAGAAAGCUAUUGAAUUGCUUCAAGACAUUUCAUGAUGUGGUGGCCAGAUUUUAACAUAGGAUUUACUAUGUUAUGUGAUGGGAAUUAAUAUCUAAUUAUUUCUAGGCCAUUCACUUAAUUUAACUUUUGUAGUAGCAAUUUUAAUGAAAAAAUUAUACAUAGCUUUAAAUGUUGUAUAAUUUAAAUAGAUCAAACUCUGUGUUGAAACAAUGGCCAAGAAUUUUGUGUUUGUAUGUUAAAUUCACCAAAGCACAGAUUUCCCAUUAGUGCAAAUAAAGAUUUACAAACUGUA